UGUGUUGCGGGCUGCUGCGGCUCGGGCGCGACAGUUCUCUCUCGACCACCGUUGGAAGAUUUUCGCGUUCCGUCGAAGGCGAACAGCGAGAGCGAGUGUGUGUAUCGAAAAAAAAAAAAAAAAGAAAAAAAAACUGAACGAGAACUACGUCCUUCCAUUAUUUCUCUUUCUCUCUUCCUCUCUAACUUUGUUCCUCUCUGUUUCUCUUUUCAAUUGAUUUCAAAAGUUCGUUAAUCCAUGUUCCAUUCCUUUCCAUUUUCCUUUAUCAUGAAGAUCGAGAAGGAAAGAUUAUCGCUCGCCAAAGCUUGGUUCCCACGGAAGAGAGGAUAAACGGAAGAAAUAAAGAAGGAGGUGGUUGGAAUUGGUUGAGGUGGUGGAGGAGGUACUGGAGGUGGGAGGCGAGGCGAUCGUGUUCAGAACCGGGACGGAACAUCGAUCAACGGCAUGUGGAAACGCCUUGAACCAGAUACGAAAGCAGCAGCAGCGUUUUUUUCGGCCUCGACCGCGAAUCGCUGGAACGGCGCGCGCUCGGAUCUCGAAUCUCCUAUUAGCCGAUACCCCGAUGAUCUCUUGUCGUCGCAUUCAUCUUUGAAGUUUGGCCCGCCAACUUCGAAUCGGACACGAUCGUCCCACGUCGUCGAACAAACGAGGCUCUUUUCCUAAUUCGAAGACAGAGGGCGGCUUAUCGCUCGAAAUUGAUCUCGAUCUAUCUAUCGUCUUUUUUUUUCCUUCUUCUUCUUCUCCUCCUCCUCCUCCUCCUCCUCCUCCUCCUCCUCCUCCUCCUCGUCCUCCUCUUCUUCCUCUUCUUCGUUCCUCCUCGCGCUCUUUUUAUUUCUUAUUGUUAACAAAAAAGAAAAGACAAAAGAAAAAAAGAAAAAGACAAAUGAACAUUAUUCUUACGGUUGGCCGAAUAAUAAUCGGAGAGUGCGAAAUAUCAUUCAUGUUCUCGUCACACGAAUUAACGAUAAUCGGAACAAAGUGAAUCAGAAAAUUAUAUUUGAAGAUCGUCGACUUCGAAAGUCCGAUAUUACUUGGAGCUUAUCUCAAAGAUGUCUUCGUUGUUAAGAUCAAACUUGGUAGAAGCUCUGCGGUUUCACCGCUUCCGGAACUCUACGAGUAUCGCAAGAAACCUUCUCGAUUAGUUCGUUGUUUGUUACAUUACGAGUCCUUCGAUCUUCGAGAGGUUUGAAGUAUCGAUAGAAGAAGAGUGGGAUUUUCAUGCACACACACACACACAUACACACACACAAAAAAAAAUAUAUAUAUAUAUAAGGAAAGUUUGUUAGAUCUUACAAAUCGAACGUUUAUUACGAAAAUAUAAACAAUAAAGAACCUUCAAUAUAUUUUAACGAUAAUCAAAGUCUAACGAGUAGCGAGAGCACGACGCACACGCCGUUCAUCGAAAAUAUUUUUAAACAGUUCGAGAAAGGAGCACGUUGAAACGUAGAGAUUAAAAUAGUUUUUCCUUCGUUCCUUUCGAGCGAGCAUCGUUUUAGAGAGACUAUUUCGACGUUAUCGCAUUAAGGCGAGAUAUAUAUCUAUAUUAUAUACAUAUGUAUGUGUAUAUAUAUAUAUAUAUAUACAUAUAUAUAUAUAUAUACAUACAUACAUACAUACAUACAUAGAAACACAAAAUAAAAGGAAAGAAAAAAUAUAGCCUGCGUUCGUGAGAUUAAAAAUAACUGCCAACGUUAAAGAAACACUUGCCAAUCAAAGUUCGCGUUACGGAAAACUUUACGUCAAUAUCGCGAACUUUCUUUCUCCUUCAUUUCUUCCAUUUCCUUUUCAUCUUGUCCUUAUUACCACUCGACGAGUCUCCAAGGAUUUAACUUUGUUCACGGUGUUCAAUUAUGAAGGAAAGUAUAAAAUAAAUGAGAAGAGAAAAUAUUCGCAAAAAGAAAGAAAAUAUCGGAGCAGUUAUAAAUCAAAGAAACGGAGGAGAAAAUAGUUCCGAUUACGAUUUCUAAACUACCUCAGGUGUAACUUUUAAUUCGAUCGAUUCGUUAUCCUGAAUGAGAAAAGAAAGGAGAUAAUUUAAAAGUACAUUUUCAAGAUCGAAGAUUUAGCUGAAAUUUAUCGUUCUCUAUUAAGAAAUAACGAGAGGAUAUUGUCGGAAAAUGAUGAAUUAAUAAUUAAUGAAGCUUAAAAGCAUUCUGAUAAACGUGUCGUUGUGUAAUAGAAAGAGAGAAAAAUAAUAUAAUACAAAAAUAUACAAGAGAGAAAGAGAGAGAGAGAGAGAGAGAAAAAAGAGUAGAUAUAUAUAAAAAGAAGGGAUGAAAUAAGAGAAGCAUAGAAACGUGCACCUAUGCAGGUAAAUACGUAAAUUCAGUACUUUAGGUGAAAUCGAAAGUCGAACGAGGCUAUAAGGGCUGACUUGUAUCAAUAUAACCUUGAAGGGAUAAUAAUAUUCUCGUGGAUGUGUGCGUGUGUUAACAUUCAAAUAUACAUACGUGCACGAAUGUAGAUUCGUUUUGGAUACGAUACGGUACGGCACGGUACGGUACGAUACGGUACAAUAAGCAGUUAGUUUCUUCGAGGAAUAUAUAUGAGUGAAGUAUAAACGAUAAAAAAAGAAAAAGAAAAAGAGAAAGAGAGAAAGAGAGAGAGAGAGAGAUUAGAAUAAAGAACGUGGAAAAGGGGUUUAGCAGAGAUUUUUCAAAAUAGUAUAGAAAGCGAAAAGGAUAUGUGCCGGCGUAGAAAAACAUCUAACGAGAAGUCGGCCGGUGAAGAUAAUGCCGAUGGAAGAAGAUGAGGUUAGAGCUAAGAAAAAUAAAAAGGAAAAGAACGCAAAAAAAAGGAGAAACGGGAGACAAAGAAACGACGGGAAAUUACGGUGAGGAAGAAGCGAUCCAGCCAUGUCAUGGGAGUCUAUUUCGUCCAGGGAUUACCUUGGUGGAUCGGCGAGUCAUCAGCUGUCGGCGACCGCCUUGCUGGGUAGCCCAGAUGGCUCGAGACAUCCUCUCGAUGUAUGUGAAUUCACGGAGGAGGAUUAUCGGCAUCAAAAUGGCAGUGGGAAUAGUCAUUACCAGCAUAGCAGGCCAGGUACAGGUUUAUGGGAGUGUCUCGUAGGUUGCAGACGGCGACUGGACCAGCAAUUGGCUCGUCGAAGGGUAGAGCAAGGAUUAAAAUUGUAUCGAGCACACAAACAACAGGCGGCCGUACGAAAAUGGAGAGGCGCAUUGAAGAGUAUCCGGCAACGCGAGGACAAAUUCGCGCUUCUGGGGUAUCUUUAUCAAGCCUACAUGGAUUGGGGAAAGUACAGUGAAAACGUACAUACAAGUUCCAAUCGUAACGUUGACAGUAACGAUAAAAGCUCCAAGAUACAUCGUAUUUUAAUUAAGAGAAAACCGAUUAACGUAAAAAAACAACACCUGAUCGUCUUAACGUUUAGAAUUUUUCUACGGACGAAGGAUGCUUGUGCAAUGAACGUUUUAAAAGCAACCGAAGAGCUUUUUUACCGUUGUGCUUGCGAUGCGGUCCAGCUGUUUUCCAAGAAAUUAUAUAGGGACAGUAUCGACUUUGGUCAGAGACAGCUUUGUAUCUCGGAAGAAUUGGACUCGCCUAAUAUGCGAGCGGAAGCGUAUUUGAACUUGGCCAGAGCUCAUGAGAGAUUAGGUGCUUUGGACAGAGCCUUGGAUUAUGCCAGACACAGCUUGUAUAACGAGUGCGAUCAGUGCGCCACUGCUGGAUUAGUUCACUUAACCGUAGGCAGAGUCCACUUAGAACUAGCAGGAUUCUGUAAAGCCUUGGAGGCCUUUCAAAGAGCUCACAAAAUCGCCCACUCCAUUCAAGAUCCUUCCUUAGAGUUACAGGUAUAUGUCGGGCUAUCGGAACUCUUCUGCAGAUUACAGGAUGCCGACAAGAGCGCGAGAUAUGCCGCGAGAGCGUACGAUCUCUCGCGAAGCUUACAACUUGGCGAUCUAAAUUCGCGACAUCACAGAGCUGCUCUCCUUCAGAUGGCUGCGGCCUUGAGGAAGAAAGGAGAACUGGGUGAUGCUCAUGACUAUUGUUCGGAAGCAACGCGAUUGUCGCUCGUUUCAGGCGACCAAGCUAGCUAUGCUCGAAGUAUACGAAUAAUGGGGGAUAUUUAUCGAAAGAAAUCCGACAUAAAUAUGGACGUAUUGCAGAAGGCGUUUCGCCAGUACGAAAGCGCCAUGGGAUCUGCCGCUGCGACUGGUGAUCGACUUUGCCAAAUGGAAGCGAUGGAUGGAGUGGCUAGGUGCUUCGAGGCUCUCAGAUUGCAGCACAAGAUAUGCAACUGCCGGCCCCUUGAAUUCAAUACCCGCCUUCUGGAAGUAGCUGGAUCCGUCGGUGCUAAGCUCUUAGUGAGGACCGUCAGAUCGAGGCUAUCGCGGAUUUACGGUUCCUUGGGGGAUGAAGAACAAAAAGGACAUCACGAGAGACUCGCCGCCACUAUGGAAGAAGAUUUAGAAUUACGGUGCGGUGGUUGCAACGAACCGUUCGGCUUGGAAGCCGAUUCCCUCGAGGCAUUACCUUGUUCUCACAUAUUACACGCCAGGUGCGCUUACGACAUACUGAAAAGGCGCGACAAAAAGAAGAAACGUCUCUGUCCGGAUUGUCAUAAAUCUGUCAGCUCACGAUUGUACCUGCAUUGCGAGGAUCCACACGGCAUGAAUACUUUAAAUCAUAGUUCCUUGAGUCUGGCGUCUCUGAGGGCCAGCAGCCUAGCGACACUGGAGGAUUGUCACGCCACGAGUAGCGUCUAAAAAAGGCCCGACGUUUAUUCGUAUAUUCGUUCGAUCGUUCGAUCGCGUAUAAAUAUGUGCCACGAUCGUGCACCAAUCUAUCUAACUAUCUAAAAAAGAAAAGAGAAAAUAGAAAAAAGAAAAAAGAAAAAGAAAUCCUCGAAAGUUCGAGAGAGAGGCUCAUCAUAACGAGAACGGCGUUAGGAAAGGAAAAUUAGUAUUGAUGAAUUGGGAAUAGAAAGAAUGCUCGAAUCGAUUGCUAUUGUGAAUUGUUAUCUUCUCCCUAAUUAUUAUCGAUAGCUGUGUACAGAAUAAAAUUUAAAUCCUACGAAAUGUUCGAAUAGCGUUUCAAUUUCGAACGGGAAGGAUUGAUUUCUUAGCUGCGCGAUAUUACAAAUCUAUAUGUAGCCGUUAUCUCUAUUUCUAUCACUAUUCCUUUUUUCCUUUCUUUCUCAAAUAUGUUUCUACCUUAUGUCUGUAUCUCUUUUCGUCUUCGUCAUUUGUAAUUUAGAAAUAGAAUAUAUAAUUCGUUUGUUAUUCACCUUAGUUCGAAAUAUUCUGUCGCCGUUAAAUGUUGUUGACGAGAAGAUCUGAUGAGAGAACGCCAUACUCGUUGAGUCCUUCCAAAAUCGAAAGACUAUUAUUUUUAACCCGUCCCUACAUACAUUCCUAAGAAUGAAAUUCUACUGAGAUUAGUUUUUAAUAGAGCGGAUCGCAUACGCACGAACUUAAUAGACAUAUAUAUAUAUAUAUAUAUAUAUACAUAUAUAUAUAUAUAUACAUAUAUAUAUAUAUAUAUAUACGUGUGUAUAUAUAAUAUUUAAAAAUUGUUACAUCUUAUAAAGAAUGCUAUAACUUAAUUAACAACUGUUGAUUAUAAAUCUUUGAUUAGUGACGUGGCAAGAAUAUAACAUUUAUGCGAAUCUAUCCGUAUUGAUCUUAAAAAAUGAUGAUCGCUAGACCUCGACGGAAGAAGAUUCAUAUUACGAUUUAUCGUUUGACAAUCUUCCUGAUUAAAGAAUAAAGUUUAACGUAAAACUGUAUGUGCACGUCGUAAAAGAUUGAUUUUAAAUAAAAUUAUCCAAUUAAUCACAAUGUCCUUUAACUUAGAUAAUAAUUCCAUAUCUUGCAUUUCCAUUCAAUUUAUUCAUUCAAAGUACGGUCGAAUGUCAUUGAUGAUCUUUCGAUCAGACGCAUGAUUUACGGACGAAGCCUGACAUUGACACAUUUCUGCAAAGAUACAGUGUUACCGAAUUAAAUUUGACAAGCUUUCUCUCACAUUCAUCAUUACGUUGUUAGCCCUGAUUGCCUAAAAACGAAUCGCUAGGGUUUUUUUUUGCUGAUAAAAUUUUGGUAACACUGACCCGAUAGACGACAAAGAGGCAAACAUAGAAAGACCAUCGUCUCUUUCAUUUUGUUCAAAGCCAUAUGUGUGUAUGUACAUGUGUGUGUAUAUCAUAAUAUGGAGAUACACACACACACACACACACAUAUAUAUAUAUAUAUAUAG